AUGUCAGUAGCAUCGCAUUCAAAACGAAGAGUUUCAUAUUAUUAUGAUGGUUAGUUCUUGAAAUAUUUCAAAUUUUAAUAGAAUUUUUCAGGCGAUGUUGGAAAUUAUUAUUAUGGACAAGGACAUCCAAUGAAACCACACCGGAUACGUAUGGCACAUAAUCUUAUCCUUAAUUAUGGGCUUUAUCGAAAAAUGGAAGUUUUUGUGAGUUUUUCGGGAGGAUUUAUCUAAAACGGGGAAAAAAUAUGAGUCGGGAAGAUUUUUUUCUAAAAAAAAAAGUUCUGACCUUGUAUAAUUUCUUUACAAAUUCAUCGUUUCAUAGUCAGUCCAGAAUUCAUUUCUCUAAAAAUAAUGAGCUACGGCUGUCCAGAAGUUUAAUGGUAAUUCAAGAAUGUUGCCACAUUAUAAAAAAUUUACUGUUUCAAAAAUUCACGACCAUUUCAUUCGCAAAAAUAUUUUUUCGAUAAUAGAUCUUUCGUUUGUUCCAAAGAACUAGAAAUGUGGUUUCAUCAUAUUUCAAAUAACAUCAUGUAUUUUCAGCUAACGAAACUUGAAAAGUAACCAAACAUUGAAAAAAUUAACACUAAUUAAACCCUACAUUUUUCAGCGACCAAAACCAGCAACAUUUGAGGAAAUGACCAAAUAUCAUUCGGAUGAUUAUAUGAUGUUUCUGAAAAAUAUUCGAUCUGACAAUAUCACAUCUUUUGCAGAACAAAUGGCUAAAUUCAAUGUUGGAGAGGUUCGUAUGAUUUUUAGUUGGAAUCUAUUCUCCAAAUUUUUUUCAAAAAUCUUCCCCAGAGCAAAAAGUUUUAUUUUUUCUAAUGUUUCCAGGAUUGCCCAGUUUUUGACGGUGUUUAUGAAUUCUGUCAACUGUCUUGUGGUGGUUCUCUGGCCGCCGCAGCUCGCAUAAAUCGAAAAGACACAGAUAUUGCGAUUAAUUGGAUGGGAGGAUUACAUCAUGCAAAGAAAAGUGAAGCGAGUGGAUUCUGCUAUAGUAAUGAUAUUGUUCUGGCGAUUUUGGAGUUGCUCAAACAUCAUAAGGUUGGUUUUUCCCUAUAAAAUAUGUAAAAAUCUAAAUGUGUCUAUUUUUCAGCGGGUUUUAUAUGUAGACAUUGAUAUACAUCAUGGUGAUGGAGUUGAAGAAGCGUUUUAUACAACCGAUAGAGUUAUGACUGUUUCAUUUCAUAAAUACGGUGAAUAUUUUCCGGGAACUGGUGAUUUGAAAGAUGAUGGAUUUGGAAAAGGCAAAAAAUAUGCGCUGAAUUUUCCGCUUCGCGACGGAAUCGAUGAUAUGACGUAUGAGCAGAUAUUUAUUCCGGUUAUGGAUCGAGUUAUGAUGCAUUAUGCGCCUGAAGCGAUUGUUUUACAAUGUGGAGCUGAUUCGUUGACUGGUGAUCGACUUGGUUGUUUCAAUUUGACGUUGAGAGGUGUGGUUUUUGCGGGGAAGAAGGGGGAAUUUGAAAUAUUGGGUCAUACGUCGCAUGCUUGAGAAUCAAGGUUUUAUGAACUCUUUUCCAAAAAUCGAUGUAUUCUGAAUUUUCAUCACAAUUUGUAUCAUUUUCCUAUUUCAAUCUGAAAUGUUGGCUUUGAAAUACCGCGAGAUUUGCGCUAUUAAUGAAAAUAUUUGAUAAUAAAUUAUAUCAAAAUUCUGAAACGUAUAUUUUUUUUGCUUCUGAAAAAUUCGAAUUUUUGCGCCAAUUUUUCAAAUUUCUCUAUUUUCGGCAGAAAUGGAGCACUUUUUCCUUAAAAUUUAUCAAUAAUAUGGAUUUUCAAGUUUUCAUAGCUGAAAAUGGAAAAGGAAGGGGCGGGGGUCUUUUGUCCGAAAAUUUAAAUAAUAAGAGGGUUUAAAAAAUUUUUCAAAUUUGGAAAUGUUCCGAGAUUUUUUCCAAAACGUUUUCUGUUGAGCAUUUUUGACACAAAAAGAGCCCAUGAUUACUGUAGAUCUAUAAGAACUUGAAAAUCUACAUUUUUGACAAAGUUUAAGCUCACCAAAAACUGAAAAUUUUCUAUUUUCUUCUUCACAUUUCAAAAACAAAAAAUACGUUUCAAAAUUUUUAUAUAAUUUAUUAUCGACUGAUACAAAUUUAUUCAAAAUCGCAAUUUUUAAUAUUUGUGAAAAACUUAUUUGAAUUUUUUUUCGAAAUCCACAUCCCUAUUCAUGUUUCUCCUCCAACUCUUCUUCUUUUCAGGUCAUGGAAAAUGUGUGGAAUACAUGAAAAAGCUGAAUAUUCCUCUUCUUUUGGUUGGCGGCGGUGGUUAUACAAUUCGAAAUGUUUCUCGUUGUUGGGCUUAUGAAACUUCGAUUGCACUCGAUACUCCAAUCACCAAUGAUAUUCCAUUCAAUGAUUAUUUCGAAUAUUUUACACCUGAUUAUAAACUUCAUAUUCAACCAUCAAAUAUAAUUAAUCAGAAUUCGAAAGAAUAUAUCGAUGCGACUAUGGUUUGUACAUAUUUUACGAAUAUUUGUCAAUUUUCAAAUUCUAAUUUCCAGGUUGUUUUAUUCGAAAAUCUUCGUGAAAUCGGAACUUGUCCUUCUGUUCAAUUUCAACCAUUGGGAGAUGAAGAUGGAAUUGUUCGAACAUAUGAGAGAAGUGUGAUUGAAGAUCAAUUGAAUCCAGAUGUUCGAGAAAGUACAUUGGACACGGAUACGAAAAUUGAGAAUGAAGCUGAAUUUUAUGAUGAAACUGAGAAAACCAAGGAUGUUCAGGUAAUAGAAAAUGGGAAAUUUAAGGGCUGGGGGAAGUGGAAAAUGGCUCAUUUUUCGAAUUCUUGAAUAAAAUUUCGUAUUAUUUUUUAAAUAUAUUUAUCCAAUUUUUUCCAUUUAUUUUGAUUUUUUCCUGAAAAGAGCUUCCUAGAUUCUUUAAAUAAUUCCAAUAAAAAAUCACGCUUUUUCAAUUUUCAGAGUCAUAAAAGAUCAGCUCAUAGUCCACUUCGAACUGAAGAUGAAGAAUCGAAAAAAUCGAAAGUCGAUGAAUAA